AUGCACACAGCGCUUGGCCUGGCUGCAGCAUUUGGCUCUGCGAAUCCUUAUUACAGUCAGCCUUUGCUGACCUGCUGCAUUGCGGCUCAGCGAAUGAAGCCGUCACGGCCAGAACCUCCUUUUGCUCCGCCUCCACGGCCUGACAACGAUGGGAAGGUCUUGGCGGGAGACAUAGAUGAGUUCAAAGCCUGGGAGGAGGCCAUGAAAACGCCUGCCGAACUGAGACUGAAAUCAGGUGAGCGGUGGCGCGGCUUCAACUUCGGAGCGAAGAGGUCGAUUGCUGGAGAGGUCGUGUUCUGCACGGCGAUGAUGGGCUAUCCCGAAUCCUUGACGGACCCAUCCUUCGAAGGCCAAAUCCUUGUGCUGACCUAUCCAAUCGUCGGUAAUUAUGGCGUGCCACCCGACGAGAAAGACGAACAAGGGAUACCAAGGUAUUUCGAGGGAUCGCGGAUCUAUCCCGUGGCAGUCGUAGUGUCGGAGUAUUCUUUCGCGGCAUCCCACUAUUCCGCCGUGAAGAGCUUGUCUACGUGGCUUGAACAGCACAACGUGCCUGGGAUUUCUGGCGUGGACACGCGCGCCAUCACGAAACGUCUUCGACAAGAAGGAUCAGCUCUUGGUGCUGUGGUCGUCGGGGGUGAUGCAGCACCACAAUGGGAGGAUCCAAACGUGAAGAACUUGGUGGCCCAAGUGUCUGUGUCCAGCCCCAAACUGUAUCAGCCCACCCGUGAUGAAGCGGAUGAGGGUGAGCCUCCGCUGGUGGUGGCUGUUGACUGUGGCAUGAAGCUCAACAUCGUGCGGUACUUCAUCCACUACCUUCGAGUCCGCCUGAAGGUGGUGCCAUGGGACUAUGACUUCUCCAAGGAGGAGUUCGAUGGCCUUUUCAUCAGCAAUGGUCCUGGCGAUCCGGAGAAGUGUGAAGCAACCGUGAAUUGCCUCCGAAAAAUUAUGCAAGAGCGACCGCACUUGCCCAUUUUCGGCAUCUGCUUGGGGCAUCAGCUGCUUUCCCUUGCAGCGGGUUGCAAAACCUACAAGAUGAAGUUCGGCAACCGAGGUGUGAACCAGCCGUGCGUGGACCUGCGCACGGGUCGCUGCUACAUCACCUCUCAGAACCACGGCUUCGCUGUGGACGACUCGAAGCUGCCGGAUGGUUGGCACACCCUUUUCACCAAUGCAAACGAUGGCUCAAAUGAGGGCAUUGGCCACAAGGAGAAGCCAUGGUUUUCAGUGCAGUUCCACCCCGAGGCCUGCUGUGGUCCUGUGGACACUGCCUUUCUCUUCGAUGAUUUUUUCAAGAUUCUGAGGAACUCGGCAGGAAGGAGUUUGACAACCAUCAGUUACAAGCACCCGCAGGCGAUUUCAAAGGUCUUGGUGCUGGGGUCCGGCGGUCUGACAAUCGGGCAAGCUGGUGAAUUCGAUUACUCCGGGAGCCAGGCCAUCAAGGCACUGCGCGAGCAGCACGUGCAGUCGGUGCUGAUCAACCCCAACAUUGCGACCGUCCAAACAUCCCGGGGCUUGGCUGACCAGAUUUACUUCGUCCCGGUUACACCGGAGUUCGUAACGAAGGUAAUUGACAAGGUGAGACCGGAUGGAUUGUUUGCCGCAUUCGGUGGGCAGACGGCGCUGAACUGUGCAGUUGCACUUCACCGCGAUGGCACUCUCAAGAAGUAUGGCGUGAAGGUUCUCGGCACGCAAAUCGAUUCCAUUGUUGCAACGGAAGAUCGCGAGAUCUUCAAGGUAGGCGUCGAGAGUCUCGGCGAGAAGUGCGCGCAGUCUGCAUGCGCAAACACCUUCGAGGAGGCACGACAAGUCGCCCGUGAGAUUGGAUUUCCGGUGCUUGUUCGAGCUGCGUUUGCAUUGGGUGGUCUGGGAAGUGGCUUUGCGUCGAACGAGGAAGACCUGGAGGUGCUUCUGACUCGAGCUUUCGCCACCUCGUCUCAGGUCAUCAUCGAUGAGUGCUUGAAGGGAUGGAAGGAACUGGAAUACGAAGUGGUGCGUGAUUCCCGGGACAACUGCUUGGUCGUCUGUAACAUGGAGAACCUGGAUCCAAUGGGUGUACACACAGGCGAGUCCAUUGUGGUUGCGCCGUCCCAGACGCUUUCGAACGAUGAGUAUCACAGACUGCGGGCCGUUGCUAUCAAGGUGAUUCGUCAUUUCGGUAUCGUUGGCGAGGCCAACAUCCAGUAUGCCUUGGAUCCGAAUUCAAACCGCUACCGCAUUGUCGAGGUGAACGCGCGGCUUUCCAGAAGCAGUGCACUCGCCUCCAAGGCAACCGGGUAUCCGCUUGCCUACGUUGCUGCCAAGCUGGCCCUCGGUCACGAUCUCGUGAGCUUGAGGAAUCAAGUUACACGCUCAACCACUGCGUGCUUUGAGCCCUCCUUGGACUACUGUGUUGUGAAGAUCCCUCGCUGGGAUAUUGACAAGUUCCCCACUGUGGAGCGCACUCUGGGGACGCAGAUGAAGAGUGUCGGCGAGGUUAUGUCCAUGGCACGGUCAUUCCCCGAGGCAAUUCAGAAGGCAUUGCGCAUGGUCAACGAAGGGUCCGUCGGCUUUGAUGGGAGUUGGUACUUGCGCGCACGGUCGUCAGCGGCAGUCUCCAAAGACGGCAACAUCGAGGAGGAAUUGAGAUAUCCAGGACCGCUUCGGAUGUGGGCGAUCGCGCAUGCCUUCGAGAAGAACUACUCUGUCGAGCAGGUCUACCAGCUCACCAAAAUCGACAGAUGGUUUUUGGCGAAGCUCUUCUCUGUGCAUCAAGGUCGCAGGAGAAUGGAGGGAAUGGGCAGCCUGGAUGGCUUGCAGAAGGCUGGCCCCGAUUUCCUUCGCCGAGUGAAACAGCUCGGAUUCUGCGACAGGCAGAUUGCCAAAGCAGUCGGCAGCAAUGCAGAAGCAAUCAUGAACCUGCGUGCUGGCUGGAGCAUUCGGCCUUGCGUGAAGCAGGUGGACACCCUGGCGGCAGAGUUCCCGGCAAAGACGAAUUAUUUGUACUUGUCUUACGUCGGGACCCAGCACGACGUGCCUCCACUGAAGAGCGAGAAAUUGGCUCCUCACAAGGAUUCUCUGUAUGACAGCGCCUUCGGAAGGGGCAAGCUGGACGAGGAGUCGGGCUUCACCUUGCCAACCAGGAAGCUCGCAAAGACUCAGUCAUCUCCCGGAGGGUGGAGCCCUUCGCUGAUGAGUGCGCAGUCCAAGGAGGUUCCUCCCCCACUUGACUUGGGCGCUGACAAGGACGAGAAAGCGGCAUUCAUCGUGCUUGGAUCCGGAUGCUACCGGAUUGGAGCAUCGGUGGAGUUUGACUGGGGCUCCGUUUCUGCAGUCAGGACUCUGCGAGAGACAGGUCAUCGAGCAAUGGUGAUCAAUUGCAACCCCGAAACGGUCUCCACUGAUUACGACGAAAGUGAUCGGCUGUACUUCGAGGAGCUCACGCUUGAGACCGUUAGCGAAAUUUGCAACUUUGAGCAGCCGAAUGGCACUAUUGUGUCUGUUGGCGGCCAAACGCCCAACAACUUGGCUCCCCAGCUGGACAAGCUUGGAAUCAGAAUACUGGGAACCGCAGCACAAAACAUCGAUCGUGCUGAGGACCGCUCCAAGUUCUCAAGCAUGUGCGAUGAACUCGACAUCGACCAGCCUCAGUGGUCCGAAUUUGUGCAGCUCGAGGAAGCGCUGUUCUUCGCGAACAGUGUCGGCUUCCCUGUGCUGGUGCGUCCGUCCUACGUCCUCUCCGGAGCGGCGAUGCGGGUCAUUGACAGCGAGGAGCAGCUGAAAAGCUUCUUGGGCACUUCGGCAGUUGUUGAACAGGAGUUCCCAGUGGUGAUUUCCAAGUACAUCGAGGGAGCUAGGGAGAUCGAGUUCGAUGGAGUUGGGUGCAACGGGGAAAUCAUCAACUAUGCGAUUUCGGAGCACGUCGAGGAUGCUGGCACUCACAGCGGUGAUGCCACCUUGCUGCUGCCUUCCCAGCGCCUGUACCUUGAGACGAAUCGGCGUGUCAUGCAAAUCGCCGCACAGUUGUGCAAGGCCUUGAAUAUUUCCGGGCCUUUCAACGUGCAGUUCAUGUCGCAGGAAGCGGGAAGCCGGUCGAUGCGGGCGGUGAAAGUCAUCGAAUGCAAUGUCCGAGCAUCACGAACCGUACCGUUCGUGUCGAAGACCUUCAACAUCAAUUUCAUCGAGCUGGCCACACGUGUCAUGCUUGGCCAGGACAUCAAACCGAUGAAGGUGCAUGUAAACGACUUUGACUUCGUUGCAUGUAAGGCCCCUAUGUUUUCCUUCCUGCGACUGAGUGGCUCCGACCCUCGCGUCGGAGUUGAGAUGCAGAGCACCGGCGAGGUGGCCUGCUUCGGACACGAUGCGCAUGAGGCAUUCCUGAAAUCCAUAAUUGCAAGUGGCAUCAAGAUUAAGUUCGAGCCGUGCGGGCUCCUGUUAUCUUUAGGCCCACAGGAGGACAAGAUGACAAUUCUUGAGCACUUGCCCUUGCUAGACGAAAUGGGCUAUAAGCUGUAUGCCACUAGCGGAACAGCGUCGUUCCUUCAGGCGCAGCGACCAAAGCGGAAAGGAGUUGAAAUUCCCAUUACCAUUCUGAACAAUGCUGUCACGCAAAAGAAGCCCAACGUGACAGACGCGAUCGUGGAAGGAACUGUCCGAAUAGUUAUUUGCACGCCGUCUUCUCGGGAUUCCGGUGGCGCCACCGCCGGUUACUUCCUUCGAAGGAAAGCCCUGGAGUCCGGGGCAACCCUCAUCGUGAAUCUUCGUCAGGCGCUGAUGCUGAUAGAUGCGCUUUACCAGAAAUGGAUCACCGAACGAGUGCCAUCUUCUAGGCUAGAGAACGGAGUUCCGGUGCCUAUUUUCCAACUGUUACCGCAUUUUGUGGCAGCUGUAGACGGCAGAGACAUAGCCGACUUCGAAAGCAUUGGCUCAUGCUUUAUGACGGAAUAUCAAGUCAACCGCAGUUUCCUGAUUCUACCAUUGUCAGAAAGAGCCCUUGCCAGGCAUGGCCCGGGAAGCCUCGGGGGAUUUCCAACUUACAUUAAUGUGUUAAAAAAAAUUACUAAAAGGGCCUGGCCCCCUCCCACCGGGGGAAUUAAUUAA